AUGAUUGCGAGGCUGGAGGCAACAGGUCUUUACCACUUACGAGACUGCUUUCUGAAGAGGAUGAACAAGAACCUCAUGCUAGCUUUCGUGGAGAGGUGGCAGCCGGAGACGAACAGUUUCCACAUGCCAUGGGGCGAGAUGACGAUCACGCUCCACGAUGUCACUUUCAUCCUGGCGUUGCGGCUGGACGGACCGCCAGUGUCUGAAAUUCGCCCGGUAGAAGAGUGCUCACAGAGUCUUGCAUCUCUAUUGGGUGUCAGUCUGAUGGACACCAAUGAGAUGUUUCGAAACAAGGGAGUUGGUUGGGUUCAGGUGAGAGAUCAGUUGACCCUUCCCUCCACCACAGACGAGAAGAAGAUGAAGGGCUACUUGAUGUUUCUGCUUGGGUCGGUUUGGUUUGUAGAAAAAACAGCGUGUAACAUGAAGCCGUGGUGGAUCCAUUUUACCAACGAUCUCGAUAAUGUCGGCAAGUAUUCGUGGGCUUCGGCAUGCUUAGCAAACAUGUACCGCCAAUUGGGUAUUGCCACCCGCGCUGGAAUGAACAGUCUCUGUGGAUGUGUUAUUCUCCUUCUGUGCUGGAUCUUUGAGUAUUUCCCCUGCUUUCGACCACCUCUUUCCCGUUCAUAUGCCGAGUUUGAGCCUCGAUGCAGAAGGUGGGCCCAUGGUGGAGGCAAUAAAACCACGCUGCAGGAAUACCGGAAAAAACUCGACGCCAUGACCGAAAGAGAUGUGAGUAAUAAUUUUUCUAAUUAUGUCUAUAGUAGAGUUACGGAUUUUUCUAAUUAG